CCGAGCGCGUUAAGCUGCCGGAGCUGGGCGCUGCGUCACUCCCGCUCGGAGAAGGGGCUCGGGGCUGCUCUGCCUGCAGGGGCUGGUGUCGGCAGCAUGGAGAAAGGACUGGUUGUUACUCAGCUGGAUGUCGAGCCUGGUGAGUGCAUCAAGGUCAAAGGGAAGAUCGAGUCUGAUGCCAAAGGGUUUGCUGUCAAUGUCGGGAAGGACAGCAACACCCUCCUGCUGCACUUCAACCCUCGCUUUGACUGCCACGGGGAUGUCAACACCAUCGUGUGCAACUCCAAGGAGGAUGGCACCUGGGGGGAGGAGGACAGGAAGGCUGACUUUCCCUUCCAGCACGGGGACAAGAUUGAGAUAUGCAUCUCCUUCGACGAGACCGAGGCAACGGUGAAGCUGCCCGAGGCAGAGUUCAAGUUCCCCAAUCGGCUGGGCAUGGAGAAAAUUCAAUACCUGGCGGUGGAGGGUGACUUCAAAGUGAAAGCCAUUAAGUUCAGCUAACAGCUCUAGCUUGGUUUGUUUUGUUUUCUGCCCCGUGUAGUGAAAUAAACCAAAACUUGCAAUGGC